AACUAAACUACUUAAUAGUACAAUCGAUCAAUCUAUAAAAUAACGCAUGUGGGGAGAUCGAAGAGGCUUGCAAAUUCAUAGUAGAGCCACUCUAGUAGCGGUUGUAAAGGAGUUAAUGUAGUUCGCUUUAAGUCCGAGCUAAUUUCGACACAAACUUAGUUAUACUUUACUAUCAAACUCAUCACAAUGCCCACCACCUGGGUUUCUGAGUUAUUCACGAGCUCUGAAUUUCACCGAAUUUGUUCACAAUAAAUAGCUUGCAUGGAACAUACAAUUCCAUUCACUUCAACUAAUCUGAUGGAGGUAGUUAGCGCCAUGAAACUCGACCAAGCCUUUCGUUUUUCCUUCUUCAGGCUCAGCCUCUUCGCCCUGCUCGCCUCUCCUGCUGCAGCACAACUCUCUCCGGGCUUCUACUCUUUCUCAUGUCCGAAUGCAGAGCUGCUCGUGAGGGGUGCGGUUCGGUCGGCGUCCGCGAUGGACUCCACGGUUCCGGCGAAGCUCCUUCGGCUGCUCUUCCAUGAUUGCCUAGUCGAGGGGUGCGAUGGGUCAGUGUUGGUGCAAGGGAACGGAGCGGAGAGUAGCGAUCCCGCGAAUAAGUCGCUAGACGGGUUCUAUGUAGUCGAGUCCGCUAAGAGACUAUUAGAGAUAUGGUGCCCGGGGACCGUCUCUUGUGCUGAUAUCCUUGUCCUCGCUGCGAGAGAUGCCGUGGGACUGUCGGGAGGCCCUUCGGUCGAGGUUCCGUUAGGGAGAAGAGAUGGCAUUGUUUCAUCGGCUUCGGAUGUGAGACCAAACAUGGUGGAUACGGUCUUUUCCCUCGACCAAAUGAUGCAACACUUCGCCGCGAAGGGAUUGUCGAUCGAUGACCUUGUCGCUCUUUCCGGUGCCCACACCAUCGGUUCCUCGCACUGCCGGACAUUCGGCGACAGGUUCCAGCAAACUUCGAACGGAAGCCUGGUGCCCGCCGACAACUCCUUGGACAGCAACUACGCCAUGGAGCUCGCCAACAAGUGUUUUGCCGGUGCAAGCGACAGCACUAGCGUCGCCAACGACCCAGUGACUCCCUCGACGUUCGACAACCAAUACUAUGCCAAUCUGCUGGCCAACAAGGGCCUCCUCCACUCGGACUCAAUUUUAGUCACUGAUCUAAGGACAAAGAGUAGGGUUCAGGCCUUCGCACAGAGCCAGGAGAAGUUCUUUGAGAGCUGGGCCGACUCGUUCGUGAAGCUCUCGACGGUCGGCGUCAAGACUGGGGAUCAAGGCCUGAUCAAGGUCUCAUGCACAAGUAUGUGAUAUAAGUAGUAUUGUCUCGAGCAAAGUUGAUGUAAGUGUUUGAUAUACUUCUUAUCGUUUAAAGGGGCAAAGCCUCCUCCCGAGUAUGUAAUAUAUCAUAAAAUAUUUAAAAGAGUAAUUAAAAUUGAGCAAAAAUUAAAAAGA